AUGGCCAGAGGAGACAGCGAGCACUUUGAACCAUUCAAAAAAAGAGUAAUUUACUUUUUUAAUCUUUGGAUUUACUGAGAAAACUGUUCUGCUCACUGCUGUGGUCAGUUUACUCAUGUUGUAUUUUAUUUGUCAUUUGAUUUUAGAGAGGAGAAGAAACCAGACCAGAUGAUAGCAGACCAGACCAGAGAGGAGCUGAGGGGGCAGCCUGCAUCGUAAACCAUCUUCAAAAAAAAGGUAAAUAUAUUUCAUUCUAACUAGUCUUCAGUGGCCUGCCGAGCUCGAGGCAUCACCUAAGUGUGCCCCCUUCUCAGGAUUACCAUCAAAAAUAAGAAGGAGCUAACAACAAUCCUCACCUUUUGACUCAUUAAAUUAACACAAAGACCUUUAAAAGUUUAACACGUGAUUUAUUGUGACAAAAUAACAAAAUUACGAACUAAACACAAAGCACCCACAACACAAAUGAGAGGCAGCAGGGCAGCAGUUCCCCACCAAAUGCCUCUCCAGACUGCAGGCAGCUCUGGGCUUUUAGACUCUCAGCACCAGGAGAGUCUGAUUGUCACUCAGUGAUUUCACCUGGGCAGCUAUGGAGAGACAAAAGGGGAAAAAUACACAGAAAACAAACACACAGCUGCAACAAAAAUACGAGAAGUAUAUCCCAGGCCAUGUUUUUUUUGUUUUGGUCAAAAUUACUUCACUGUAAAUAUUAUUAUUUUACGUUUUCAUUCAUGUUAAUUGGGAACAAGCAUGCUUUUUACCAUAGAAAUUUUGUAUCACAAAUAAUAUCAAGGAAAUAGCGUUAUAUUAAGGUUACAAAACACUUAUCCAAUAGAUUUAUAAAUCUCCAAAAUAUAAGAAAUUGAUUACAAAGAAAUGCACUUAUCCAAUAAUGAAGAAUCCGGUAACACUUAAUAAUAAAAUUACACUAUUAAGCACAAUUUAAGCAUUGGUUAAGCAUAAUUUAAGCAUUAGUUAAUCCUUAAUUUUUCAUGAAUUAACCAUUAAUUCAGCAUUAGUAAUGCAUUACAAAGCAUUAGUAAAGACAGUUUUAAAUGUUCAACUCAAACAAUAUUAAGCAUUAGUUAAACAUUAGUAAAGUGCUUAAUUCAGCGUUAACUCAUCAUUUGCAAAUAAUUAGUUAUACAUUGCUAAGCCUUAGUAAACACAGUUAUAAACGUUUUAAACUCAAACCCAUUUAUAAUUACUUAAGCAGCAGUUGAACAUUAGUUAAUGCUUAAUUAAUCAUGAAUUCAUGAUCUGUAUAGCAUUUAUUAUGCAUUACUAAGCACUUAAUAAACUCGGUUAUAAAUGUUUUGUUGCUCAUUGAUAACCUGAGUUGUUGAUACUUUAUAAAGGCUUAGCAACUGUGUUAGUAUACGUUUUACAAACACGUAUUCAUACUCAAUGGAUAACUAAUUAAUGCUUAUUAAUGCAGUUACUACUCAUUAGUUACCUAUUAGUUAAGUAUAUUCUGUGAGUCCAUCUAAAGUGAGGACUAUCUCUGCUUUAUAAAGCAUUUAUAAAUGACACAGAAGCAAAGAUAUACAAAGUCUCAGUUUUAUUGGUCCCAAACAUUACAAGCUCUUUUAAAUACACACUUGUAAACAAAUACAAUCCAUUAUAAACAUAAAUAGAUUACAAAAAAUAAAUAGAUAAAUAAUAAAAAAAUAAUCAAUCAAUUAAUUAAUUAAUUGAUUAAUAAAAAUGAAAAAUAAAAAAGAACAAACGAACAAAAAAAAACAACAACAUAAGAGGUAACAAAGUUUAGUUUAGUUGUGAGUUUUGUAUGGUUUGUGUUGUAGGGUUUGUUUGAUACUGUAAUGCAAUGUAUUUUUCGAUGACCCUUGUUUUGUAUAAUUUAUAUAUAAUACAUUCAUAGAGUUUGCUGUUUUUAGUUCCUUAUCCAGAGUGUUUCACAGACUUACCCCUUUGACUGAAGUGCAUUUUCCUUUAGUAUUAGUUCUUACUUUUAUUUGAUUGAAUAUUGUAGUGCCCCUCAGAUUAUAUCUGGUCUCUCUUUGCUUGAACAGAUCCUGCAUGCAGUCUGUAAGAAUAUUGUAGUAUGCUUUUUACAUUAUAAAGCAAUUAUAGUUAGUAAUUUAUUAAUAGCUUGUUCAUGAUUUAUUACCAAAUUGUGAGGUAUACUUAUAAAUCAUUUACAUACAGUUAACAAGUCAUUUAUAACUCAUAAACUAACAGUUAAUUAAUGAUAUAUUAACUACCUGUAAGGCAUCAUAAUAAAUCCUUAGCAAACUGUUAACAAACACUUAACAAGUCAUUAAUAACGUAUUAAUUAACAGUUUACAGAUGCUAUAUUAACUAGUUUUAACAGAUAGUUAUUAUAAAGUGUUACCAAUUAAAUAUAAUAUUGUUACAAACUGUUAAAAUGUUAUUAUGGUCACUCUGUAAUGAUUGUAUAUAACAUGUUUAUUGUGGGGGGCAACCGCCAUUCCGACAUCCCGCCAUUCCGACAUUGGUCUCUCAAUGUUUUUCUCUUCUUCUCUUUCUGUCCAGCCUUUCUGCCUCUGCGAAGGCGAACCCUUCAACUGUAUGUCACCAACCUGAGGAAUCGUCCCUUGGAGAGCGUUAGAGUGGUGUCCUUGGGUCAAACAGUGAUGAGCCUGUAUCACAACCUCAUCACAGGCUCCAGGGACUUCCCUGUGAUACCCUACAGACCACCCACUCGUGUCUGGCAGGUAUCUGCACCGUUUGAGAGGGAGGAGGACGAGGAGAACUCCAGACACCCCUCACUGGCAGCUCCACCAGGAAGGAUGGUGCCGCUUGCAGGUUAUACUAACCGCACCAUCCUGAUGAACCAACGCCUUCCUGAGAGGGUGGAGCUGAGGACUCUGGAAGACCCCUGGACCGGAGUUCAUUCCCUGAUGGUAGACGGGAGGAUGACAAAAAGAGUGAUCUCCACCGUCUUUGACUCUCAUCAAUCUGUCGUCACCAACCGCUGGAGGGUCACUGACUACUCAGAAAACGGACAGUGCCUCAUGUCCGUGCUCUGUCGCUUCACAGCCAUGUCCACCCGCUGUGUUGAGAGGCCAAAGAAGAGGAAGAGGGGCCAUGAAGAGGAGGACCAGGACGGGGAGGGCAGCAGCCAGCCCAAUCCAAAGAGACCAAUCAGAGUGUGA